AUGCACGACCAUCACAAAGCAUCCAUCGCCAAGAUAACCGCCUACUUCGAGGCGGACCCUACAGUGAUGGGGUUGAUCCUCACGGGUUCAAUAGCCCACGGUUUCGACCGUGCUGACUCUGACGUCGACGUCUUAAUUGUCGUUUCAGAUGAUGAUUUUGCCCGGCGUCUGGAGACAGGGAACCUCACCAUGGUCAGUCCCGAUUUGUGUACAUACGAGGGCGGCUUCGUGGACGCCAAAUACACAUGCUUGUCCCUGAUCAACCAAACCGCCGAAAAAGGAAGCGAGCCUGCGCGAUGGGCAUAUGACGGCGCCCAGGUCCUCUUCAGUCGCUUCGAUCCUCCCAAUAUUCUACAGAACGCUAUCAAGAACAUUGCAUCGUACCAGACAGAGGGGAAAGAGAAUCGCAUAAUGAGAUUCAGGGUCCAGCUGCAGAUUUGGAGAUGGUACUGUUCUGAAGGCAGGAAGAAGAACAACCCGUACUUGUUGAACCUAGCGGCCUCGAAGCUAGUGUUGUUUGGUGGUCGGCUCAUCUUAGCACACAAUGAGAUGCUUUACCCGUUUCACAAGUGGUUUCUCAGGUUGUUGGGAGAUGCGCCAGAGAAACCCGAGGGCUUUAUGGAUCUGGUGGAUAGGGUGAUCAGGGACCCGACAGAAGCAAACACUGAGCAUUUCUUUGAGGUGGUUGCGAACUGGAAGGAAUGGGCUACUAGUCCUAACAGGCCAGGAGCGCUUUACAUGGUUGACAGUGAGCUGAAUUGGCUAUAUCUGCAGACGCCUGUGGAUGACCUUUAG